GAAACGGGAAAGAUGUCAUCAAGACUAAAGGAAAACUUUUUAAGACAUGCAAUUCUUGUUGUUGAUCAUUCUAAAGAUGCCUUGAUCUCAUUAGUAGAUUUGGAUCUGUCAAAUAAUGGGUUCAAUUUUGAACAGUUUAUAAACAAGAAUCAACACGAAAUCUAUCAUUUACAUAAUAGUUCAAGGUGUUGCCAAUGUCCAAAUGGCUACAAUCCACCAAGAAUAUCUCGGAUCUUACAUGUUCAACAGAUGGACCUGUUAUUUGACAUAACAUCGAAGCAACCUUGUCAUAAAGCAGGAAGAUCGGCUGAUUAUUGCUGUAGUACUGCUAAGCCUGGACUGCGCACAGACAUCCUAGACCUUACAUUGGCAAGAUGUCUGCUAGUUAACUUUUGUCUAGAUGUGUUCUGGUACAGCUGCUUAAAUCAGCAGGGGAAGACGUUAGAAGAUUUUUUGAACAAUCAUAAACAUGAUAUUUACCAUCUCUGGCAGUAUAAUACACCAUGUUGUGAAUGUCCGGCAUCAGGGUACAGUUUUCCAAACAGUCGACCAAUUUUGGAUCAGACCAAUUGGAUUCAGAUGUUUAAUGCCCUUAAAUUACCAUGUUUAAAUCACAAAAAAAGACCGAGUCCUGGAGGUAUGCAUAGUAUUUGUUCUGUUGUAGCAAUGCCAGGGAUAACAGUUACACAUCUUGAUCCAUAUCUAUCCAAAGUGGUUCUUCAGCACUUCUGUUCACUAAGACAGACCGUUGAAACAUUGGUUCAGAUAAGAAAUGUAGACUAUGGCCAUGCUACAGUAGGUGAAAUGACAGAUGAAGAAUAUAACAAAUCAGUCACCACAAUCGAGCUUAGUAUUAUGGAAAUCGGAAGGGUUUGUAAUAAGGAAACCCACUUUAAAGGAGUUAUUCAUGAUGCCAAACAUGGUACACUUCAAUAUACUCUGUUCGAGAAAUAUAAAGAUAGUCUGAUAGAAACACUCGCUCGACAAGAUGAACUUAGCAAGAAUGUUACGGAAAUGGUGGUUCCAAGACUAGACAGGAUUGAAGGAAAAAUUGCAUUUAAAGCUAAAAAGAUACCAACUGUUAUUGCUGAAAAAAUCCCCAAAAUCAUUGGUGAAUCGGUAGAACAGUUUCAAGAAAACCUUGGACAGAAACCAACCAACCAAGUAUUCAUAUGUCAGACAGAUUUUGAAAUACAGUCCCAUGUAAAGGAAAGAACGUAUGUAGAAACUAAUGCCGUCAGAAAAUGCAUAAAAAAUGCAGAAAAGUACGAUGUUUUUGUUAUUUACGGUUCAGAAGGUACAGGGAAAACAAGAACAGGAUUAGAGAUCUUGAGACAAUUUGGUUCUAAAGACCAGAGCUAUGACCUAAUUAAGAUUUCUAUUCUUGAAGAGGUUAAGCAAGUCAUUACAGAUAAAGGGAAAAUUGUAAUACUAUUGGACGAUGUUUUCCGUACUAAUUAUUGCUCUUGUGAAAGUGUUAAAAGUAAUAACAUUUUAGAUUUAUUGCAUUCAAGAAGAUCCGCUGGAAAUUUAAAACUAAUAUUUACUAUCGAUUCAGCAAUCAGAAGAUCAGUAAAAGAGUUAUUUAAUUCCCACAGGCUAUUUCAGGGUCGCUAUCAAAUGGACCUUACUCUGUUGCAAUUCUGUAUGACAGAUCCUGAAAAGGAAGAAGUUUUGACCAAGUUUUGUGAAUACAAAAAAAUUCAAAUAAAGUUGAAUAAACCUGAGGGAUGCAAAGACAGGAUGUUAGACAGGAAAACAUUUUAUGAGAUUACAGUGACGGAUCCUUACAUAGGAUACCCAAAAGCAUGUUUCUUAUUUACUUCAGAUAUACAAAACUUUCUACAGGGAGCACGCUUUUUCAAACACACAAGUAAAUCGUUGAUAAAUAAAGUAAAUGCACUGUGUUAUAAGACAGAUGACCUUGUCUUAUAUGCAACUCUAGUUUACAUUCUUCUGUGUGACAGCUAUAUAACAGUUGAUAGCAUACAAGUGCAAAAGGUAGCAGAUAUAAUGCAGUUAUGUGGAAGUAGGCAACGGUUUAUCCCUAAAUGUAACAUUAUUCAUAGUCUUGAGAAAAUGGACGGUAAAUAUCUCAUGUAUGAUGCAUCUGACCAAUCCUAUCAGUUCAAACAUCAAAUGGUGUAUGAAGCUGUUGCUUUAUCAUACUUUGAUGUGGAUCCAGACUCUGUUAUAUAUGUACUCACUUUUGAGUUCAUUAGUGCAAUGGUGAGGCUCCAAACUGAUAACUUAAAAAAAAACGAAGAAUUUGUUUUGAUAAUACCUGAAGACCAGUACAUUAAUUUAGCAAAGCAACUUAUACGAAUUUUACAGAAAGAUUACCAGACCAAGUCUUUUAAAUUCGUUGAAAUGUUAUGCGAAACAAGAUUAAUGUUGGAAGACAAUGCAUAUUUCGUAAAUAUUUUAUUGAAAGAAUCCGAAACAUGUAUAAUUAGUGAUGAAAAAGAUCUAACUUACCUCGGAAAACGGGAAAAGGUUAUGUUUUACCUUUCUUCUGCCUUAUUAUUGUAUCUGACAAGGAAGCAAAAUGUGGACAACUCUAUUACAGUGGUACUAUCGUUCAUGGAGCGGACUAUCAAAGACAAAAGAGAUCAGAACUUGGUCUUUGCCUGUACCAAAACGAUACGUUCAACAUUUGACUAUUUGUGUGAAAGUGAGGAAGUGGAUGCCAAAUCAGCAUUUAUUGUACGAACAAUUACUGAAUGUGAAAUUGAUUGCGACUUCAAUGAAUUUAUAUACAGAGCAAUGGAUAAUGAAAAGGAUUCUACAGCAAUUUUUCUUUUGGAAUAUUCAUCACAGGAAAUUAAUCUAGUUGAACUUAUUAUGAAUAUGGAAGCAGUAGAGAUGCCAAGACUAAUUAAUAUAGCAAUUGAAACCUUCAAAAUUCCUUCAUCGUGUUUAUACAGAGGUUCUGACAAAAUUGAACUUAUCAAAUGGCUUAUAAAUAAAACACCUUAUAACACGUUCAACAUAAAUAAUAUAAUAAUUACAUCAGCCUCUGAAAAUCUUGUAAGUCUUUUAACUUGGUGUCUGCAGGAAACCAACCAUUCUACAGUAGACGUAAAUGGUGUUAUUUACUAUGCUUGUGAAAACGGAUGGGAAGAGGUGUUAAUAAUUCUUAUGGAUAAAAACACACUUAACCCAAAUCAAGUAGUUAACAUAUUCAAUACAGCAAGUACAAAAAGUAUGGAGCAUUUGAUGAUACUGAUGCUAAGGCGAUAUUCAUCGUUUUGCGACGUUCAAGCAGCAUUCACUAGUGCAUUAGAAGACAACAAUUUUAUAACCAUGAAAUGCUUAAUCUUGAAUGUCAUAAACCCUUUCCAUAUGAGAAUGGUUAUGAAUAGUAUUUUUUUUCAGUUGGAAUCAUGUCAAAUUUAUCCCUUUUAUGAUUGGUUGUUGCAGGAAGCAGAUAAACAUAUUAAGAAAUCAGUACUUAAUAAUGAAAAUUUACAUAUUUUAAAGUGGAGUCUUACCAAUUUUGCGUCACAUCGCAAAACCUUAGUUGAAAGAAUAUAUGGGACACUUAACACUCAAAUUACUAAUUAUGUAGACAUAUUACAGUGGUUUGGGGUAAAUAUGGAACCAUCAGUUCUACCAAUCAAAAAUGUAAUGGACAUGGCGGUACAGAUGAGAUUUACAAAAGUUCUAAUAUGGAUUUUAAAGAACUAUCAUCAUGAACUGUGUAACCAUCUCGAUCAAGCCACUGAAGUAUGUAAAUCAAAAGAUCGAAACUUAAUAGAGAUAUUCUUCUCAAAUGUAGACCAUCGUCAUAUAAAUUUAGCUGUUGUCAUGCAAACAGUGAUAGCAACAAAUCGGAACAGCCAAUGUAAUGAUCAGAUCUUAUGGUUUUUACAAAAUGUUGACCAUACACUAUUUGAUAUGAAAACGUUAAUGAACACAGCUUGCAAACACGAGCAAAUGGAUAUAGUGAAAUAUCUGAUGGAGAACGUUGAUCAUACAUUGUUUGAUAUGAAGACAGCAAUGAAUGUAGCUUGUCAGUGUGGAUCGCUGGAUAUAGUGAAAUAUCUCAUAGAGAAUGUUGAUCAUAAACUGUUUGAUAUGAAGGCAGUAUUGAAUACAGCUUGUUGUAAUGGAUCGCUGGAUAUAGUGAAGUAUCUGAUAGAGAAUUUUGAUCAUACAUUUUUUCAUAUGGAGACAGUAAUGAAUAGAGCUUGUCAGUAUGGAAGGAUGGAUAUAGUGAAAUACCUGAUUGAGAACGUUGCUCAUACAUUGUUUGAUAUGGAGACAGCAAUGGAUGAAGCUUAUGAAGAAGAACAUAUAGCUAUAGUGAAAUAUAUGAUAGAGAACGUUGAUCAUACAUUGUUUAAUAUGAAAACAGCAAUGAAUGCUGCUUGUGAAGGGGGAGACAUGGAUAUAGUGAAAUAUCUGAUGGAGAACGUUGAUCAAACAUUGUUUGAUAUGAAGACAGCAAUGAAAGCAGCUUGUCACUAUGGAUCGCUGGAUAUAGUGAAAUAUCUGAUGGAGAACGUUGAUCAUACAUUGUUUGAUAUGAAGACAGCAAUGAAUGCUGCUUGUGAAGGGGAAGACAUGGAUAUAGUGAAAUAUCUGAUGGAGAACGUUGAUCAUACAUUGUUUGAUAUGAAGACAGCAAUGAAUGCUGCUUGUGAAGGGGAAGACAUGGAUAUAGUGAAAUAUCUGAUGGAGAACGUUGAUCAUACAUUGUUUGAUAUGAAGACAGCAAUGAAUGCAGCUUGUCACUAUGGAUCGCUGGAUAUAGUGAAAUAUCUGAUGGAGAACGUUGAUCAUACAUUGUUUGAUAUGAAGACAGCAAUGAAUGCAGCUUGUCAGAAUAGAAGGCUGGAUAUAGUGAAAUGUCUGAUAGAGAACGUUGAUCAUACAUUGUUUGAUAUUAAGACAGCAAUGAAUGCUGCUUGUCAGUAUGGAUCGCUGGAUAUAGUGAAAUAUCUGAUGGAGAACAUUGAUCAUACAUUGUUUGAUAUGAAGACAGCAAUGAAUGCAGCUUGUCACUAUAGAUCGCUGGAUAUAAUGAAAUAUCUGAUGGAGAACGUUGAUCAUAAAUUGUUUGACAUGAAGACAGUAAUGAAUGCAGCUUGUCACUAUGGAUCGCUGGAUAAAGUGAAAUAUCUGAUAGAGAAUGUUGAUCAUACAUUGUUCGAUAUGAAGACAGCAAUGGAUGAAGCUUAUGAAGAAGAACAUAUAGCUAUAGUGAAAUAUAUGAUAGAGAACGUUGAUCAUACAUUGUUUGAUAUGAAAACAGCAAUGAAUGCUGCUUGUGAAGGGGGAGACAUGGAUAUAGUGAAAUAUCUGAUGGAGAACGUUGAUCAUACAUUGUUUGAUAUGAAGACAGCAAUGAAUGCUGCUUGUGAAGGGGAAGACAUGGAUAUAGUGAAAUAUCUGAUGGAGAACGUUGAUCAUACAUUGUUUGAUAUGAAGACAGCAAUGAAUGCAGCUUGUCACUAUGGAUCGCUGGAUAUAGUGAAAUAUCUGAUGGAGAACGUUGAUCAUACAUUGUUUGAUAUGAAGACAGCAAUGAAUGCUGCUUGUGAAGAAGAACAUAUAGCUAUAGUGAAAUAUAUGAUAGAGAACGUUGAUCAUACAUUGUUUGAUAUGAAGACAGCAAUGAAUGCUGCUUGUGAAGAAGAACAUAUAGCUAUAGUGAAAUAUAUGAUAGAGAACGUUGAUCAUACAUUGUUUAAUAUGAAAACAGCAAUGAAUGCUGCUUGUGAAGGGGGAGACAUGGAUAUAGUGAAAUAUCUGAUGGAGAACGUUGAUCAUACAUUGUUUGAUAUGAAGACAGCAGUGAAUGCAGCUUGUCACUAUGGAUCGCUGGAUAUAGUGAAAUAUCUGAUGGUGAACGUUGAUCAUACAUUGUUUGAUAUGAAGACAGCAAUGAAUGCAGCUUGUCAGAAUAGAAGGCUGGAUAUAGUGAAAUGUCUGAUAGAGAACGUUGAUCAUACAUUGUUUGAUAUUAAGACAGCAAUGAAUGCUGCUUGUCAGUAUGGAUCGCUAAGUAUAGUGAAAUAUCUGAUGGAGAUGUUUAAUCAUGCAUUUGUUUAUAUCAAUACUGUUGAUAAUAUUAAUUGUGAAGAAUCAAACUUUAAUAUAUUACGAUACUUUAAUGAAUAUAGACAUUGUGUAACAGAAGAGAUACAGGAAUUACUUAACACAACUUUCAAUAGUAUUGAUGACAAUGAAAAUGAAGAUUUUGAGGAUGUUAUAAUGUUAUUUUGUGAAACAAAAAAUGAACACAUUGAAUGGUCAGAUAUACCGCCGUUAUGA